UGCGGGCUCUACGGAGUCCGACGUGGGACACGCCGCGACCGACUUUUUCAAAUAACGAUGGUAGAUCGUGUUUUAAUCCCAAUGAAUGACUCGCGAGGAGCCGCCUGAGGCGUCGUUUCUCCCGGGAGGGCGUCCCGGACCCAGCAGGGGGGGAAUUACCACUUAUGACGGUAGUAACGGGAGUUUGAAACCGGAGGCAGAAUCGCUACUUUGGACUUUUCUUUUUUUCCCGGGGAUCGACUCAGCCCAUCCGGUCAGCGAACCUCUAACCGGUCACCGGAUCAAUAAGUGAUGAAUCAACCCGUGAAUAGCGGGGGAAUGCAGCACAUCCACCUGUGAGGGUGGAGGAUAAGGAGCCUCUGAUGGAGGAGCAGGUGGAGGUGAGCAUGGAGCAUCUGCUGGAGCAGCUGCUGCAGAAGGACCUGGGGAGGAGGCUCCAGGUGGGCCAGGAGAUCACACAGCUCAUACUGGACCAGGUGAGGACCCCCCACAUGGAGCAGGACCAGAGCCUGCUGGACCGGAUGGUGGACGCGGUGGCCAGCUCCUGGGUCAACUCCAGCAACUUCAAGGUGGUGCUGUUGGGGAUGGACAUCCUGUCGGCUCUGUUCAGCAGGCUGCAGGAGAGAUUCAGGACGCAGGUGGGCACAGUUCUGCCGAGUCUAAUCGACCGCUUGGGAGACUCCAAGGACCAGGUCCGAGAGCAGGACCAGGCGCUGCUGCUGAAGAUCAUGGACCAGGCCGCUAACCCUCAGUUUGUGUGGGAGCGAAUGACGGGAGGCUUCAAACACAAGAACAGCCGCAGCAGGGAGGGGCUGUGCCUGUGCCUCGUGUCCACCCUCAACGCGUUUGGAUCCCAGAGUCUGACGCUCAGUAAAAUCGUCCCUCACAUCUGUAACCUCCUGGGAGAUCCGACGAGUCAGGUGCGUGACGCAGCCAUGAGCUGCCUGGUGGAGAUCUACCGCCACGUAGGAGAGCGAGUGAGGAUGGAUUUAGGAAAGAAGGGUCUUCCUCAGUCAAGGCUGAACGUGAUCUUCAGCAGGUUCGAUGAGGUCCAGAGGUCAGGCGACAUGGUCCUGUCCCCGUUGUCAGACAGGAACCUGGAGGACGAGGACUCCGUAGACGGCGUCCGCUCCUCCUCGUCCUCCAAAGCCGCCUCGCUGCCCGGGAGGAAGGCGCCGAGCAUGGCGUCGCUCCGAGGCCCCGCCUCCUCCUCCUCCUCCUCCUCCUCCGCCGCCAAGUCAGCAGGGCGGGACGGGGCGGGAGCCUUGGACGAGCAGGACUUCAUCCUGGGGUUUGAGGACGUCCCCACUCUGCAGAUCUACUCCAACAGGGAGGUGGAGGACGCCAUGGCGAAGGUCCGAGACGUGCUGUCUGACGAUAAGAGGGACUGGGAGCUCAGGGUGGCGGCUCUGAAGAAGGUGCGCUCGCUGCUCCUGGCCGGCGCCGCAGAGUUCGACGGCUUCCUGCAGCAGCUGCGUCUCACGGAGGCGGCGCUCAAACUGUCGGCCAAGGACCUCCGCUCUCAGGUGGUGAGGGAGGCCUGCCUCACCCUGGGCCACCUGUCGGCGGUGCUCGGCAGCCGCUUCGACCACGCCGCCGAGGCCCUGAUGCCCAUCCUCCUCACGCUAGUCCCCAACAGCGCCAAAGUGAUGGCCACCUCGGGGGUGUCGGCCAUCCGCCUCAUCCUGCGACACACCCACUCGCCGCGCCUCGUCCCCGUCAUCAGCAGCCACUGCGCCUCCAGAUCUGUGGCGGUCAGGAGGCGCUGCUUUGAGUUCUUGGAGCUGCUGCUUCAGGACUGGAACACGAGCUCUCUGGAGAGACACGUGGGCGUCGCCAUGGAGACCAUAAAGAGAGGGAUCCAGGACGCGGACGCAGAGGCUCGCUCCGUGGCCAGAAGGUGCUUCUGGUGUUUCCACGGUCACUUCCGGCAGGAGGCGGAGCUUCUGUUCCAGGGCCUGGAGUCGUCCUAUCAGAAGGCUCUGCAGGCUCACCUGAGGAGCGGAGAGGGCGGGACCCCCGAUCGCUCGUCCUCCUCCUCGCAGGAGAGCCUCAAUCGCCCGAUGCCUGUGAAGAACACCGUGGGCUCGACCCGAUCCCGAGCUCCUCCCCCCAGGGCGCCGGCCUCCUCCGCCCCCCCCCCGGCCUCCCUCCAGCGCUCUCGCAGCGACGUGGACGUCGCCGCGGCGGCCUCCGCCCGCUCCGGGAUGCCCGCCGCGCCCGCCGCCCUGCAGGCGCCCUUCAGCUCGGCCGCGGCCCUCCCCCCCGGGUCUUAUGCGUCGCUGGGUCGGGUCCGAACCAGAAGAACGGGUUCUGGAAGUGGCCCGCCGGUGAUUGACAGCCGGGGGGGGGGGCGAGGGAAGGUGGCGUCCCAGUCUCAACCCGGCAGCAGGUCCGGCUCCCCCGGCCGACUCUUAGGCUCCGCCUACGGACGCGCCACGAGGCCCAACAUGGCGGCCGCCGGCCGACCCCGGGGUCACCACAGCCACGGCUGCAGCCGAGAGACGAGCCCCUCCAGAUCCUCCUCGGCUCGGAGCCGGAUCCCUCGGCCCAGCAUGAGUCAGGGCUGCAGCCGUGAAACCAGUCGCGAGAGCAGCCGUGACACCAGCCCCGCCCGGGGUUUCUCCCCCCUGGCAACGCGCCGCCACUCCCGCUCCACCAGCGCCCUGCCGUCUGCAGAGAGCUGCUCAGACCGACUAUCCCAUCACUCUCGCAUCUCGGCCGCCGUGAACGCCAUGAAGAUCCUGGACACGGGCACCGAGGUGGAGGCCGCCGUGGCCGACGCUCUGCUCUUAGGAGACUCCAGGAGUAAGCGGCGGCCCGUGAGGCGGCGCUUCGAGUCUCCGGGCGUGUACUCGGACGACGACGCCAACAGCGACGCCUCCAGCGCCUGCUCGGAUCGCUCCUGCGGCGCGGCGGCGCUCCACCUGGACGUCGCCGAGGUUCUGAACCGCUGCGCCAGCGCCAACUGGUCCGAGAGGAAGGAGGGGCUGCUGGGCCUGCAGAACCUGCUGAGGAGCCAGAGGAUGCUGAGCCGCGUGGAGCUGAAGAGGCUCUGUGAGAUCUUCACCAGGAUGUUUGCAGACCCUCACAGCAAGGUGUUCAGCAUGUUCCUGGAGACCCUGGUGGACUUCAUCACGCUGCACAGGGACGAUCUGCAGGACUGGCUCUUCGUGCUGCUCACCCAGCUGCUGAAGAAGAUGGGGGCCGACCUGCUGGGCUCGGUGCAGGCCAAAGUGCAGAGGGCCCUGGACGUCACCAGGGACUCGUUCUCCUCGGAGCAGCAGUUCAACAUCCUGAUGCGCUUCAUCGUGGACCAGACGCAGACGCCCAACCUCAAGGUGAAGGUCGCCCUGCUGCGCCACGUCCAGGCGCUGGCCCGCCAGAUGGACCCGUCCGACUUCCUCAACACCAGCGAGACCCGGCUGGCUGUGUCGCGGGUCAUCACCUGGACCUCCGAGCCCAAGAGCUCCGACCUGCGCAAGGCGGCCCAGGUGGUGCUGAUCUCUUUGUUCGAGCUGAACACCCCUGAGUUCACGAUGCUGCUCGGCGCGCUGCCCAAAACCUUCCAGGACGGGACGACCAAGCUGCUGCACGAACACCUGAGGAGCGCCGGCGCCCACAUGGCGGUUCGAGCCUCUCCGCGUGCGCCUGGCAGCCUGCUGACCUCCACCAGCCGCUCCCAUGGGGGGGGCUCCCCCAGCAUGCCGGAGUACGACAAUGAGAACCUGAACCCGGAGGCGGCCUACACCUCCCUGAGGGGGGUCACCGAGGCCAUCCAGAACUUCAGCUUCCGGAGUCAAGAGGAGCCCGCGUCCCCGGACCGCCCGGCGCUCAACACGCCCCCCCCCCGCUCCUUCGCCGCGCCGCGCCUCCGGGACUACAAUCCAUACAACUACACGGACGGCGUGGGGCUCCUGAAGGACCAGGAGGCCGCGGAGCCGCUGCGAGACGGCAGCCGACAGGAAUCUGUAGAGAACAAGAUGAACCCUAAAGGCUUCCCAGCCAGCCCCACCGAGCAGCUGCAGCUGGUGGGGGGGCUGCUGAAGGAGGUGUCCCAGGGCCGGGCGGGGGAGCGGGGCCCCGAGGAGCGCCGGGGGACGCUGCUGGAGCUGCUGAAGGUGGCCCGCGAGGACAGCCUGGUGGUGUGGGAGGAGCACUUCAAGACCAUGCUGCUGCUGCUGCUGGAGACGCUGGGAGACAAAGACCACACCAUCCGGGCGCUGGCCCUGCGAGUCCUGAAGGAGAUCCUGAGGAACCAGCCGGCGCGCUUCAAGAACUACGCCGAGCUGACGGUGAUGAAGACGCUGGAGGCCCACAAGGACUCCCACAAGGAGGUGGUGCGUGCGGCGGAGGAGGCGGCCUCCACGCUGGCGGCGUCCGUGCAGCCGGAGCAGUGCAUCAAGGUCCUCAGCCCCAUCGUGCAGACGGCCGACUACCCCGUCAACCUGGCCGCCAUCAAGAUGCAGACCAGGGCCAUCGAACGCACCGCCAGGGAGCCGCUGCAUCAGCUGCUGUCCGACAUCAUCCCGGGGCUGCUGCAGGGCUACGACAACACGGAGAGCAGCGUGAGGAAGGCCAGCGUCUUCUGCCUGGUGGCCGUCUACUCGGUGAUCGGGGAGGAGCUGAAGCCUUACCUGGCCCAGCUGACUGGCAGCAAGAUGAAGCUGCUCAACCUCUACAUCAAGAGAGCUCAGACCUCCACCAGCAACAGCAGCAGCUCCUCUGACAUCUCCUCCUACUAGCUCCUCCUCCUCCAUGUCACCUCAUUCCUGCAGAGCUCCUCCAGGGCCUUUUCUCCAGAGCGCCUCGUCCACCCACGCCACUGUCAACGCUCACCUCAUUCCUGGAGGAGAUGCUACGAGCUCCUCCUCCAGAGCUCCUCCUCCAGAGCUCCUCCUGAGCUUAGUCUGCAGGUGGAGACCUGGUGCUUCAUCUUGUUUCUUCCUGUCUUACGAGCCUUAAAACUUGCUGCAACUCCUCCGGGUUAGCUAGCGUUAGCGUAGCAUCCAGAGCUCCUCCUUCUAAAUGCAGGAGGACACCCGUCAGAUGUUUUGGUUCCUCCUGUAUUGAAUAUUGUAUUGAAUGUAUGUUUGUUCCUCCUGAACCUCGUCGAUGUGAAACAGCACAACGCUGAAGUCCAAAACCCCCAAACUUCCUGUCUGUGUGGAUCCAUCGGGUCCUUCAAUGAUCAGAAGAGUUCUACCAGCUGAAGAACCCAUGUGAUUUCACACAUUCAAUCAUUUCCUUCAUCACGAAUCAUCCGACUCCCUCAUGAGUCAUUUAAAUUUAGAAUAAUUUAGCUCUUUAGAUGUUUUGUCAUUUUAAUGACGAAUAGUCCCAUUCUACUCAUAUAACAAUAUUUCCUCUGUAUUAUUUAUUAUAUAAGUUUUAUUUUAAGGUCCACAUUAAUAUAAUUAUUACCAUUCGAAUCAAUAUUAUUAAUUAUGUUUCUAUUAUGAUCUUUUUCACCUCGUGAUGUAAUUUCAACAAUAAUAUUUUUGUCAUUUCUAUAAUGGGACCAAAACACACAGCUGUUAAAACUAUUAAGGGGAAAUGUAGUAAAAAAACCUUUUAAUUUAAAUUAAUUUGACAAAGUCGAUUUGCAUAAAUGGAAAUGAAACUGUCAAGUGUUGCAUCUUUAUAUAUUUAAAAUGACAGAAAAAACAAUAACAUGAUUUUUAUUCAAGUAAACUUUACCAUAAAUACACGACUGUUUGAAAGAGAAGAGGAUAAAUAUGUGAACUUAAAUGUGACAAUCUGAAUGAUUCCAUGAAUAUUAUCACGUGAACAUAAACCACGUUUAGCAAUAAAGUUCCAACACUGUUUAAACACACUACUAAGCUCCGCCCGCCCGGCAGGCGCCAGGGCGGGAACAAGCGCCCCAGAGAGGAAUGUGAAGCGGAUGGUUUAGAUCAGCUCUUAAAUUUACCCAGAAUGCCGAGUUCAUCCGUGGGACCGCAUGAACACAAACAUUCACAUUUGAAAAAUGUCCCCGUUUCCAGCCUCUAUGCUAAGCUAUGCUAAGUUAUGCUAAGCUAUGCUAAGCUAAGCUACGCAGCCUACACAGCGUCCCCGUGCUUCCUGAAGGCCUUACUUCUUCCCCCCGGACUGUUACAUGAAUGUAGAAGUGAUCCCUUUACUCUUUUGGACACAUUUGAACUACCAAGUACCACUAAUAUACACAAAGUCACCUCGACCUAAAACGAAAUGUAUUUUCCUUUAUUCCUGAACGUGUGCCUCACCGCAACCAACCACUCUGCUGCUUCACUAAUGAGCUGUAAAUAUGCAUGGCUCCGCCCCCUUAUUGUUGCUAUUAAUAGUUUUAUCCCACACUACACUUUAUUUAUGUUCUACUCUGUAUAUGUAUAUAUUUACACGCUUAGACAACUUGAAAUAAACCGUCAGACUUG